AUGUCUUCCCUAGCUCCAUCAAGUCCGUUUGGUGCUGACGACCAUGAUGCUGAAGAGCGAGGAAAUCGCUCAUCGCCUCCACCAUCUAGUAUCGGAGCAGGAAGUUCAAUUGGUGAUAUUGAGCCAAUGGACUUUCCAUCUUCACAGCCAGGAGUUUUAGGUUCAUCAUCCGGUGAAACAUUUGAUUUACAAAACCAAUGGCGCCAAAGAAGUCAUUCUGAUGCAGAUGAUACCCAGGAUCCUGAUUCUUAUCGUGAUAAUGCUUUCGGUGAAGAUGUAGAGGCGUCAGCGCUUGAUGGUAUUAGGAGGAAAAAUCUUAAUGCAAUUAAGAAAGUUCGAGAUUUGACAGGUGAUAAGGUGCGAGAGGCGUUUGAACUCUUCCUAGAGGAAUAUUCUACUAUUUCAGAAGAUACUGGAGAACCUCAGCUAACGUAUCGCGCCCAGGUGGAGUUUAUGAACUAUUACGAAUUAAGCACAAUGUAUAUUGAUUACACGCAUUUAGCUGAAAGAGAAAACGGCGCUCUAGCGCUUGCUGUUUCGGAGCAGUACUAUAGGUUCCUGCCCUUUUUAUUAAAAGGUUUGAAACGUUUUGUUCGCAAGUACGCCCCUAAGCUACUGAUGAGUUCAGAUUCUGUAAUAUCGCAGUCACAACAAGAACAGGAAUCGCAGAUGCAUGGUCAAUCUUCACAGAAUACUAGGACUAUGGGAUCACAGUCAGUGAACCAAUCUGGCGUUGCUACCGGGGGAUCCACCACCUCAAGCCCAGAGCAAACUGAACGUGUGUUCCAGUUAAGUUUCUUCAAUUUACCCACAGUGAAUAGGAUCCGUGAUAUUAGGGCAGAGAGAAUUGGUUCGUUAAUGUCGAUAUCGGGAACUGUGACAAGGACGUCAGAAGUUCGCCCUGAACUUUUCAAGGCUAGUUUUACCUGUGACAUGUGCCGUGCCAUAGUGGACAACGUCGAACAGGUAUUCAAGUACACUGAGCCAACUUUCUGUCCUAAUCCAUCUUGCGAAAACCAGGCAUUUUGGACCCUGAACGUUGGAAGAUCAAAAUUCCUGGAUUGGCAGCGGGUUAGGAUACAAGAAAACUCGAAUGAAAUUCCCACAGGCUCAAUGCCAAGAACACUAGAUAUAAUUUUGAGAGGAGACUGUGUGGAAAGAGCAAAACCUGGUGAUAGAUGCAGGUUCACAGGGACAGAAAUUGUUGUGCCCGAUGUCACUCAGCUUGGUCUAGUGGGAAUAAAACCCAGUUCAACGCCCGACACAAGGGGAAUUGCCAGGACGAUGGAAGGUCUAAAUUCUGGAGUUAGUGGCCUGAAGUCAUUAGGUGUUCGAGAUCUAACAUAUAAAAUAGCAUUCCUAGCCUGCCAUGUUGCAAGUUCUGGAAACUCGACCAAUCCGUUAGCUCAACAAAAUAAUUUAGAGUUAGAGGGCAAUAUGCAGCAACUAAAGGGUGACAUUGAUGAUUCUGAAAGAGACCAAGAACAUUUUCUGAACAGCUUAUGUUCUGAGGAGAUUAACGAGCUAAAAGAGAUGGUGAAAGAUGAGCAGAUAUAUGAUAAACUUGUAAGAUCCAUUGCACCUGCGGUGUUUGGUCAUGAAACGGUAAAGAAGGGAAUUUUGUUGCAGAUGCUUGGCGGUGUGCACAAGACGACCGUGGAAGGUAUAAACUUGAGAGGUGACAUUAAUAUCUGUAUUGUUGGUGAUCCCUCGACUUCUAAGUCUCAAUUUUUAAAGUACGUUUGUGGGUUCGCCCCAAGAGCUGUCUACACGUCAGGUAAAGCCUCUUCCGCAGCCGGUUUGACUGCAGCAGUGGUAAAAGACGAAGAGGGAGGCGACUUCACUAUCGAAGCAGGUGCGUUGAUGCUUGCUGACAACGGUAUCUGUUGUAUUGACGAGUUCGAUAAAAUGGAUAUCUCGGACCAGGUUGCAAUUCACGAGGCAAUGGAACAGCAGACCAUCUCUAUUGCAAAAGCGGGUAUUCACGCUACACUAAACGCCAGAACGUCAAUUCUAGCCGCCGCAAACCCCAUAGGGGGACGUUACAACCGAAAGCUAACACUAAGAGGUAACCUCAACAUGACAGCUCCUAUCAUGUCCAGAUUUGAUCUGUUUUUUGUGAUCCUCGACGAUUGCAACGAGAAGAUAGACACUGAACUUGCUUCCCAUAUAGUAAACCUGCAUAUGAAGCGGGAUGACGCCAUAGACCCCCCGUUCACCGUAGACCAGCUCCGCCGGUACAUAAAGUACGCCCGUACCUUUAAGCCUGUAAUGACAGAAGAAGCGCGCAACUUCCUCAUUGAAAAAUACAAGCAGCUACGAAAGAACGACGUCCAGGGCUAUAGCAAGUCAAGCUAUAGAAUUACCGUCAGGCAGCUGGAAUCAAUGAUCAGACUGAGCGAGGCGAUUGCAAGAGCCAAUUGCGUCGACGAGAUCACGCCAGCCUUCGUGGCCGAAGCCCAUGACCUGCUCCGUCAAAGCAUCAUUAGAGUUGACGUUGAAGACAUUGUCGUGGAAGAAGACGAAAACCACGAUACCGAUAAUCCUCCCGAUCCUUCCGAGCCCGCGCCGCCCACGCAGCCCUCGCAAUCUAUACCCAACAAAGGCCUAAAGCCAAAGCAAAAGACUACCAUCUCUUACGAAAAAUACGUCGAAAUUAUGAACUUGUUGGUCCAGAAAAUAGCAGAAAACGAUACAGCAGGCGCUGCAGAACUAACCGCACCUGAACUUGUAGACUGGUACUUACUUCAGAAAGAAAAUGAUCUGAACACGGAGGCCGACUACUGGACCGAACGUAAGCUUGCAUUUAAAGUCAUUAAAAGGCUUGUAAAAGAUAGAAUUCUAAUGGAAAUCAGGGGCAAUACUGAAAAUAUUCCCUUUGAUGUCCCAGAGGAAAUCUUACGCGAAAGAGAAAGAAUAGUAUACGUUAUACAUCCUAAUUCAUCUAUUGUUGAUGAAGUCCCCCAUUUACAACAGCAAGGUUAG